AUGGAAAAUCAUCCGAGAAGGCGCCGUGGAAGACCAAGGGCCAAUGCAAAUCAAGUUAUUGCUCAACCAGCUUUCGCGCCUAGAUCUAACACGUCUUCGUUUUUCGAUAAUCUGUGCAGCUUCCUUAUACUCUCAAGUUUAUUGGCUAUCAUCUAUUUGCUGUUGGAGCACCACUGUACUGUUUGUAAAAGCAAAUGUGAUGUAUAUAGCAUAACAAAAGGACUCAAUGAUAUUAAUCACAACCUUACAGACAUGAAGAACUCAUACACCUAUUUAGAGUCAAGGAUUUUAAAGUUUUCCGAGGAAUUGCCAAAGAUCGAAGGACAAGUAGAGAUCUUGGAAGCAUUAGCAAAUACACUGGAGAGAGGCGAUAUCGGAUGGAACCCAAAAAAGCAUCUAGCCCUACCAAAUGUAGAUGUAUACCUAAACAGCAAACCAAACCGCUUAAGGAAAAACUAUACAAAUUCGUUCGAAUCCACAAAAAGCGUAAAAGUAAAUGUAGAUUGA